UUGCCAAAGAAAAGCCCAAUUUCCGAAACCAUCCACCAAAAGACAAGCCCAAGCUAGUCUCACCCACAAAGACCCCCGCUCUUCCUCUCUUCUUCCUCUGAUCAGCCUGAACAAUCCCCCCUGUCCUGCCUUGGCUACACGCAAGAAUCAACCUUAAUUCUCAACAUAUAUCUCCAAUAUAGAAACACUCGCGUGUGCGCAAAAAAACCAAGCAUCAUGAAUGCAUAAUCUACUUUCGAAUAAAAUCCAUCUUCUUACUAUGCUUUUCCAUGGACUCGAUCAUCAACUCAGCGCUCGAGGAAAUAUGUGCACAGGGCCAAAACGGCAUCGCUCUACCGACCCUCUGGACCCGCCUUCAACCUCUCCUCUCGUCCUCGAACCUAGACCUUUCCCCGGGCGUCAAGAAGGCUAUCUGGGCCGGACUAUUAAGCGUCCCGUCCCUCCAAUUCCAAGCCCCGGAUGCCUCAUACAGUCCUUCUGACCUUUCAAUUCAGUCUUUGGAGGAUGCCCAGAAUCUGAACUUGAAAAUAGUUGCCAAGGAGCAUUUGAGGGACAACUUUGUUGGGCUCUACAAUGUCCAGUCUGCCAAUGCCAACAUGUCUUCCCCACAAAGACGCGCCCUUGAACGUCUCGCCAUCGCUAGAACAAAUGGAAUUACCCAAAGUCAACUUGGCAAGGAAUUUGGCAUUGAAGGGAAGAACUUGUUUUAUGUAGUGAGGAACCUUGAAUGUCAAGGGUUGAUUGUGAGGCAAUCUGCAGUUGUGAGGACGAAAGACGCUUGCAACGAAGGGGAACAAAAAAACUGUCCAAGUGUGACUACCAAUUUAAUGUACUUGUAUCGCUAUGCAAAAACAUUGGGGUCCCAAGAAAAAAUUGAGAUUACUAAGGAAGAACGGGCGAUAGAGAGUCUUGGUAAUGUUGAUGAAAGUGCUACAAAUAGAGAUGGUUCUUCGGGAAAAUGUGUAAAAGAGGAUGUGUAUGUAAAGGAUUAUCUUCCAGCAAUGAAAGCUGUUUGUGAUAAACUUGAAGAAUCCAAUGACAAGGUUCUUGUUGUCUCAGAUGUGAAAAAGGAUCUUGGCUAUUGUGGAUCUCCUUCAGGGCAUAAAGAUUGGAGAAAAAUUUGUGUCAGGUUGAAAGAUGCCCAUAUUGUGGAGCAGUUUGAUGCCAAAGUGAAUGGAAAGGUUGAGUCUUGCUUGCGUUUGCUGAAAAAGUUUUCUCUUAAGAAUUUUGAGCCAAAAACUCUUGGACAUGGAGAUGAUGAUUUUGAGGAAGAACAACAACUGAACUUUGGAAAGAAACAUCAAAUCACUGAUCAACUUGUAGAGCUUCCAAUUGAGCAUCAAAUUUAUGAUAUGAUCGAUGCAGCUGGAUCAGAGGGUCUGACUGUGAUGGAGCUAUGCAAGAGGCUUGGGAUUGACAACAAAAAGAACUACAACCGGCUGGUUAAUAUGUUCUCUAGAUUUGGAAUGGAGCUGCAGGCAGAAAAUCACAAAAAAUGUGUGGUAUAUCGAGUUUGGACAUCGAGGAAUUUCAGUUCUGGACCUGCUAAUGCUUUUUUGAAUAAAUCAAAAAAUGUUUUUGAUGAAAAUAAAGUGUCCAAUCUCCAUGUUGGCAAUCUAGAUGCUUCUAAGAGAUCUGCUCAUACCUUUUCAGAGUAUGAUCCAUCAACUUCAGAUUGUGUUGCUUGUCCAGAAGGUGAUGUUGCUCAUCCUGGAAAAAUGAUAAAUAUAGAAGUUGAUACCGAACUCUCUCAGCGAUCCCCAAGGGAUGUUGAUGUUGACCAAAUGCAUGUCUGUCUUGACAACCUGCUUGAUGAACCAAGAACAGUUUCCAAUGCAGAACUUAAGAUGGUGAGCACAGGGAUGGAAACGAGUGUUACUUCAUUAGAAACACCACCUCCCUCUGUCGUGAAGCCUCUUAAUUCUGGAUCAUAUCAGAGAUAUCCAUGCCUGACUUUGACCGUGGAUGGUGCUCGAAGAGAGCAAAGAAUACUUGAGCGAUUACAGGAUGAGAAGUUCAUUUUGAGAGGUGACCUGUAUAAGUGGCUUGUGAGUCUUGAGAAGGACAAGUGCACAACAACAGAUAGGAAGACCAUUGACCGAAUUCUAAACAAACUUCAGCAACAAGGGCACUGCAAAUGCAUACACAUUAAUGCCCCUGUUGUCACAAAUUUUGGCCGUAGCCGUAUCACUCAGGUGGUUCUGCACCCAUCUAUUCAAAAUUUAUCUCCGGAACUACUUGGCGAAAUUCAUGAUAGAUAUAGGUCCUUUGAAAUGCAAAGUCGUGGCCAGGGUUCUUCUCGAGGAAAGCACGAGGGACCAGUUCCCGUAUUGAAGGGUGUUCAGAGGGCUCAGAAUCAUGUAGGUUCUGAUGCCCAAGCUAUUAGAUCAGAAGCCAUGCGUGCCAAUGGAUUUAUAUUGGCAAAAAUGGUUCGUGCAAAGCUGCUUCAUUGUUUUCUGUGGGAUUACCUGAAUGGUUCAGAUGGUUCUACUGAUGCUUUAUCAUAUGAGAAACAUGUCUAUGAGCUGAUUAGCCCUCAAAGUAGUAGCAAAUUGUUUUCACUAGAAGCAUCAAUUAAGGCCAUUCCAGUCGAGCUGUUCUUACAAGUUGUGGGGUCUACUCUAAAGUUUGAUGAUAUGAUUGAGAAGUGUAAGAGGGGAUUGCUUCUCUCUGAUCUUCCUAAUCAGGAGUACAAAAAUCUAAUGGAUACACAUGCUACUGGAAGGCUUUCGUUAAUUAUUGACAUUUUACGACGGUUGAAGUUGAUUCGGAUGAUAACUAAUGGACAUUUAAAGGGAGUUGGGAUUCCACAAGCCAAUUUUACGCAUGUAAUGGAGCUUAAGCCUUACAUUGAGGAACCACUUUCAAAAUAUGCAAUGUCUUUAAGUUUUAGAGCUCUUGAUCUUCGCCCACGAAUGAGACAUGACUUUAUCCUGUCGAGUAGAGCAGCUGUUGAUGAGUAUUGGCAAACUUUGGAGUAUUGCUAUGCUGCUGCCGAUCUUAGAUCUGCUUUACUUGCAUUCCCUGGAUCUUCUGUUCCUGAGGUUUUCCUUUUCCGGUCAUGGGCCUCAUUUCGGGUUAUGACAGCUGAACAGCGUGCUGAGCUCAUAAAGCGGGUGGUGCAGGAUGACCUAAGUGAAAAACUUUCUUAUAAAGAGUGUGAGAAGAUUGCAAAGGAUCUUAAUCUAACCUUGGAGCAGGUGCUUCGUGUUUAUUAUGACAAGCGCCAACAACGGCUUAAUAGAUUUCAGGGUAGAGGCAAUGAGUUCCAACCAAUAAGAAGGAAGCGCAGUUCAUCUUCUCGGAGAAGGGAUAGAUCUCCAGAAGCGAGGUCAAGAAAGCAGAACAGAGUUGAUACAGAAAAUGGACAGUUGGACCAGCAGAGAUUGAAUACAUUACCUGAUGCCGAUAAACAAUUUGUGGAAGAAAAAAAUCUUUUGGACACUCAUUCAGAAGAGCAUGACUUUCAUUUACAAACAAUUAAGGAGGAUGAUCACCUAGAAACUGAGGAUCCAGGACCAAACGAAAAUGAGUGUUAUUCCUUUAUUAGUCGGUGUGCCUUCUCAAAGAAUAAUCCAACUCGUCAAAGAAGGUUUUCAUGGACAGAUGAAGAUGACAGGCAAUUGGUGAUCCAAUAUGUAAGACACCGUGCAGCUCAUGGGGCAAAAUAUCAUCGAACAGAUUGGGCUUCGCUUCCUGACCUUCCAGCACCUCCAAGUACCUGUAAGAAAAGAAUGGCAUCACUGAACAGGAACAAAAAUUUUCGAAAAGCUAUAAUGAGGCUCUGUAAUAUGCUCGGUGAACGGUAUGCUAAACACCUGGAAAAAACUCAAAACAGCUCACUAAAUAAAGAUGAUCGCAGACUGCUACUGCGAAGUUCACCAAUGGAAGGUCUUAACCAAAUUUUUGCCAAUGGUGAUGAACAUGCUGGAGAGGCAGGUUGUGAGGAAAAAUCAUGGGAUGAUAUCAAUGACAAAAACAUAAAGAUAGCCCUUGAUGAGGUUAUCCGGUAUAAGAGGAUGGCUAAACUGGAGGCCUCCAAAAGAGUUGGUUCUACAUAUGAGGAGUGGUCGGAUCUCAACAAGAUUGCUGAAACAUAUUAUUCUCAAGAAUCUGAAUUAGAUGUAUCAAAUACUCGUCAGGAUGUUCAGAACCACGGAGGGAUGCUACAGAAAGCUGUUGUCCGCAAAUCACGUCAUCGCCUUCAACAGAAGUUUAUUAAUCUUUUGAAUGAAGGGGCUAAUGUUAGUAGACGAGUAUAUGAAUCAUUGGCUGUUUCCAAUGCUGUAGAGCUAUUUAAGCUUGUCUUUUUGAGUACCUCAACAGCACCGGCAGUACCAAAUCUGCUGGCAGAAAUAUUAAGGCGUUACUCACAGCAUGAUCUUUUUGCAGCUUUUAACUACCUUAGAGAGAAUAAAAUCAUGGUCGGGGGUAAUGGUACUCAACCUUUUGAACUUUCACUACAGUUCUUGCAUGGCGUUUCUAAGUCAAAAUUUCCAGUUAAUACUGGAAAGAGAGCUGCUAAAUUUACCAUUUGGCUCCGUGAAAAAGAAAAAGAUCUUAUGGAGGGUGGGAUAAAUCUUGGUGAAGAUUUACAGUGCGGGGAAAUUUUCCAUUUGUUUGCUCUAGUUUCUUCAGGUGAGCUGUCCAUUUCUCCACACUUGCCAGAUGAAGGUGUUGGAGAGGCUGAAGACUUGAGAAACUUGAAACGUAAAAGUGAAAACAAUGAAUCUUGUGUUGGUGAUAAGGCUAAGAAGCCGAAAACCUCAGUAGCAAGCGAGGGUGAAAUUGUUUCUCGCCGAGAAAAAGGUUUUCCUGGCAUCAUGGUAUCUUUACGCCGUGCUACAAUUUCAAUAGCCAAUGCUCUAGAAUUAUUCAGAGAUGAGAACAGCUGUACAUGUGAGCAGCUUUUUCUUGAUGGAAUUCAUCAGUCGAACAUUACUUUUGGUCAGAGCAGUUCACCUCAUGCUGACCAUAUGAAGGAAGUGUUUGAUUCGAACGCCUUUAUCCCUGUAUCUGGGAGUUGUAAUGAGUCACCUUGGGAAGCAAUGGCAGGCUUUGCUGAACACUUGAUGCCAUUGCCUUUUGAUCAGGAACAAGCAAGUCCCAUCUAUCCUGAAGUUUUUAGGACUGUUUAUGCUGCCAUUAAGAAGGCCGGUGAUCAAGGUUUGAGCAUUGAAGAAGUUUCCCAAUUCAUAAAUAUGCCAGGAAAAAAAAUGCCUGAACUAAUCAUUGACGUGCUACAAGCAUUUCACCAAGCCUUAAAGGUCAAUGCUUAUGACUCUGUUCGUGUUGUUGAUUCUCUAUAUCGUUCCAAGUACUUUUUGACCUCAAUAUCUGAUUUUUGUCAAGAUCUUAAAUCACCCUCAUCGAUGAAGUCCUCGGGAAGAACUGGUGAUGACCAUUCGAUCCUCCUGCCAGAAAAUAGUGUUUUUGGUGAUGCUAAUUCACAAAGAGAAGUUAGCUUGAGUGCUAACAGUUUGCAUAAAGUGACUAUUCUUAAUCUUCCUGAGGAGGAUGCCAAUCCCUCAAACGAAAGUCAAACAAACAACAUGCAGGGCAAAGCUGUUUUUCCUGGAGGAGAUAACGAGGGUGGGACCUUUGCAAUCUGUUCUGAUGAAGUGUGUAUGCCAAUAUUGCCAUGGAUAAAUGGAGAUGGGACCAUUAACAAGAUUGUUUACAAGGGACUUCAACGCCGUAUUCUUGGAAUUGUAAUGCAAAAUCCCGGGAUAUUAGAGGGUGACAUUAUCCGUGAGAUGGAUAUAUUGAAUCCCCAGAGCAGUAGAAAACUAUUGGAUUUGAUGAUCCUGGAUAAACACCUCUAUGUGAAGAAGAUGCAUCAAACUACAUCCAAUGCGCCUCCUGCCAUUCUUGGCACCCUCCUUGGAAGAAACGCCGGCAUCACAAACUUAUAUUUUCGUGAGCAUUUCUUUGCAAAUCCCAUGAGCACAUCCUUGCUAUAGAGAAGCUUUAGCUUGUUAAUAUGAUAUGAAUCAGAAAUUUUCCGGCUUUGGUACGGUGCUUGGAACAACUUCAGCAUUCCAAGUUGGUUUUUUGUGCACUUAAAAGUGUAGAUUACCUGAUUUAGGGGUAAGGGUAGCACUUAAAAAAGUGUAGAUUUCCUGUACAGUGUGUGAUUGUAGGAUAGAGCUAUUGAAGAUGAAAUGCGGCUUUCUUUUUGUUA